AUGUCUUCCAAUUUGGCGUUGACGGAAAAUAAUGAGACUUACAUUAUUACUUUGCAUAGAACGUUCCAUAUAAAGGUUCUUCAUUUGGUUCAUGAUUUAAAUAACCGAAUUGAUGAUUGUGUUGAUACUCGAACAAAAGAUAUCACAUUGAUGACGAAUUCUGUUUUCAAUUCAAAUCUGACCGAAACAACAGUGAAUGAAAUAAUCAAUCAACCAAAUCUUGGCGAAAUGAACGAACUCUUUCAUACUGUUAAUAUUGAUCGUUUGCUUGCGGAUUACACGUUAAGUCUGGUGUCCGAUACAAAUGCAACAUCGGUUUGUCUAAAACCGUUUACCAAAACAUGUCUUAAUUGUUAUAAAGAACUCAAUGUGACAUUUAAUCAAUUUAUCGAUGUAUUCAAUUUGAACUCAAUCACCAAAGGAAGUGUUUAUGUUGCAACAUGUAGGCCAUGUGAACAACGAUUUUAUCCAAAUUUCUAUGAAAAAAUAGCCAUCCGAAAAAACUUUGUCACACCUGGUUCCAUUUAUGACCAAAAUUUCAUUUAUUUUGGCGGAAAAAAGGCUUAUUCGACUGAAUUGUUAAUUCAUUUCACAUCAAUUUUCCUGAGACAAUAUUCUGGUUUCGAGAACUUCCAACAUUCAUACAACUUGUCAAUAAAGAAAUACUCGAAUUUAUUACCUGAUAGAAACAUAAUUGACCAGGUAUUUGUCGAAAUCAAUCGCGAAUGCUUCUCAAACAUAUGGUUUCUAUAUCAACUUUCUAUUUUCAACUUCUUCAACAAUGACAUUGAACAAUUCGAAAUACCAAGAUUAUUAGACGAUUCAUCCUUAUAUGAAUUCUUCGAUACAAAUUAUGAUCGAUGGUACUGUGACUUCGUUAAUCAUUGGGCAAUACAUCAUGUGACACAUCGAUGUCAAACAAAAGACAACAGUCAAAGUUCGUUCUGUAUGAAAGCUUUCAUCAUUGAUGGUAUGCAAAAAGUUGCUCGACCGAUUUGCACCAAUAAAAACAAAUGGAUACGAACCGAUGAGUUCCCAGAUGGAGUAUAUAUUGGAUGUGGUAACACACCAAAAGCAAAGUCUGGUCUCUGCGAAAUGUGUCGACGUACAAAAAUACUUGACGACAAUGAAACAUACUUGCUAACCAGUGGUGAUAAAGGGAUAUACGAUCAUCCGUUAACCGGCUGCAAUGUUUCACGAGAAGAUCGUUUCGUUGACAUCGAGAAGAAAACAUCACAAGGCAUCAUAUACACAUUGUCACCUUGUGGAAUAGUUGUUGGAUUUGAUGAACUGUAUAGAGCUGAAUCAUGUUAUUUGGUUUUAUGGCAUUUCUUCAAAAUCAUUCAUCUUAUCAAGGAUUACCAGCUCCAUCUGCCAAGAAUUAUUAUAUACGAUAAUGCCUGCAGUCUAUUUCUUUACUUUUGGGGUCGCUUUGGUGAAAUAGAUAUCUAUCAAAGGAUUUUGCGAACGCCACCAUCGAAUUUUGUAUCCAGAUGCCUAUUUUUCAUCGAUCGGUUUCAUCAACCAAAUCACAAGCGACCAAUGUGUCAGAAAGAACGAAACAUUAAUUAUGCUUUGACUGAUGAUGCAACUAAAAGCAUUAACACUGAAGUUGCUGAACAACGAAACAGCGUGUUGAAGCAAUACCAAAAUGCACUUUCAUCGUAUUCAUCCAGAAAAGCACGUGUCGGAUAUUUAGUUCUUUUUCACCUCAUGAACGCCGAGCGCAAUACCUGUGAGGGUCGCUACGAGUACUGUCGAAAUUAUGCUAAAGAUACCUUAUAUUCAUAUGUUUAUAUCCCACAGCAUCUUCUACUAGGUGCCCAUAUCCUCACCAAUUCCAGAAGACCGAACCCGAGAGCAUCUUCGGGAUCGAUGCGGUACUUUAUCCCGUAA